GAGACAGACCCGAUGAUUGAAAAUUUUGGAGAAGAGAAUGUUGAGUGAUACAAAACGACAUCGUUUUGGUUUAGAUGGGUCGGGUUUUAGGGUUUGUAUUGUAUGGGUCGGAUCUUUCUGGUUGGAUCUUGUAAAUAACUAAAUUAGUUUAGGGCAAUCUGUCUUUAGCCACGUUUUCUAUUUAAAAAAAAAUGAAAAAGAAAUUAUAUUAUAAUAAAGGGAUAAAUGGGGAUUUUUUUGGAGGGUAGAGGGCAUAUGGAGUUAAUCUCCCAAACCAUUACAUAAUCACAAGUCUCAAGUGGUCUCUCACCUCCAAUAAAGAAAUUGGAGAGGAAGAAGAAGACACCAAACAUAAAACUCAUCUUCUGACAUUAAAACCCAGAAUCCAAGAACCACUCUUCACGCUCUCACACGGGUCUUUGUGUUCGGCGUUGUAAACAAUGCUGCUUCCUCUCUUCUUCUUCCUCCUCCUCCUCCUCCUCAAUCUCCAUCUCUCUUCCUCCUCCUCAAUCUCCUUCCCUGAUUUUCAGAUCAUCGACGUUUUACAACCGCUCACCGUCACUGGAACCGGAACCCUUCCCGAUUUCAACAACACCGACGAGUCUAAGUACACUCUUCGUCUCCUCCACCGCGAUAGAUUCCCUUCUGUUUCUUACCGUAACCACCACCACCGUCUCCACGCCCGUUUGCGGAGAGACACAGACCGAGUCGCCGCCAUCCUCCGCCGCAUUUCCGGCAAAACAGUACCUUACGGUUCCAAGUACGAAGUCGACGACUUCGGCUCCGAUGUGGUCUCCGGCAUGGACCAAGGGAGCGGCGAGUACUUCGUCAGAAUCGGCGUCGGAAGCCCGCCGCGAGAUCAGUACAUGGUGAUUGACUCCGGGAGCGACAUGGUUUGGGUCCAGUGUCAGCCUUGCAAGCUCUGUUACAAACAAUCCGACCCGGUUUUCGACCCGGCUAAAUCCGGAUCCUACACAGGAGUCUCCUGCGGGUCCUCCGUCUGCGACCGGAUCGAAAACUCCGGCUGCCACUCCGGCGGGUGUCGCUACGAGGUCAUGUACGGAGACGGGUCUUACACUAAAGGGACGUUAGCUCUCGAAACGCUGACGUUUGGUAGGACGGUGAUUCGAAACGUCGCGAUGGGAUGCGGCCACCGGAACAGAGGAAUGUUCGUCGGGGCAGCCGGUUUACUAGGUAUCGGAGGCGGUUCGAUGUCUUUUGUGGGACAAUUAACCGGUCAAACCGGGGGUGCGUUCGGUUAUUGUUUAGUGAGCCGCGGCACAGACUCUACCGGUUCGUUGGUCUUCGGACGUGAAGCUUUGCCCGUUGGUGCCUCGUGGGUCCCGCUCGUCCGUAACCCGCGCGCGCCGAGCUUCUACUACGUUGGUCUCAAGGGCCUCGGAGUAGGCGGCGUUAGAAUCGCUUUACCGGACGAUGUUUUCGACUUAACCGAAACCGGCGACGGCGGUGUGGUUAUGGACACCGGAACGGCCGUCACAAGGCUUCCCACGGCGGCUUACGCUGCGUUCCGGGAUGGGUUUAAGGCCCAGACAGCAAACUUGCCGCGAGCUUCCGGCGUAUCGAUAUUCGACACGUGUUACGACCUUUCCGGGUUUGUCUCGGUCCGAGUUCCGACCGUGUCGUUCUAUUUCACGGAAGGUCCGGUUUUGACUUUACCGGCGAGGAAUUUCUUGAUGCCGGUGGAUGAUUCGGGGACGUACUGUUUCGCGUUCGCGGCGUCUCCGACGGGUUUGUCGAUAAUAGGGAACAUACAGCAAGAAGGGAUCCAAGUAUCUUUCGACGGAGCCAAUGGCUUUGUUGGGUUUGGUCCCAAUGUUUGCUAGCGUUUAACAAAAAAAAUAAAAGAUAUUUACGUUUUUUGUUCGCUAGUAAGUAAAAAACUUUUGUCUCAGUAUGUAUCUGUCUUUUAUUUAUUAGCUUCGGUUUUGAGUUUUAAUAAGUGGUAAUUAGUAUAGAGAGUACUGAAAUGUAUAUGAUUUGACCAAAAUUGUCUUUUGGAUUUUUGAUUGAGGAAUCUAUUAUGAUAUGAGUUACUGUUUGAUUUGUGA